CAAGAGCAGAAUUAAUUACCAAUUGAACCUAAGAAAAAAAAAAUUGUAUAAAUUGAUAUAGUCACCGUAAAAUUGAAAUUCUAAUAAUUAGUUAGCAAAUUUAACUGAUGGCUGCUUUAUUGGGGAAACUGAUAUUUAUCUCUAGAAUGAAAGAAGAGAUUACACAGUCAAAACAAUUACUCCCUGCAACACAUAUGUCUAAAUCAUGAUAAUUAUUUGAUAGUUAAAAGAUAAUUUCCAGAAUUUAUUAACCCUUUAUUAUUGCUUUCGUAAAAAAUGCCAAUUUAUAUAAGAAAAUAUUGGAGGAAAUAAUAUAAACCAAAAUUUUGAAUCUUAAUUUACAUAAGAGAGAAAAAUGCAAUAUUGUUGAGAGAAGAUACCUAAAUGAUAUUGAAAUAAAUUAAUAACCGAAAUUAGUUAAAUCGCAUCAAAUAUCCUCUCCUAUAUUAAGAUCUUCAAUUCAUCCAAAUAUAACCAAAAAAUAAAUGGUUGAAUAGAAUCAAUCAAUUGCUUUAUUACAAUCCAAAAGUGAUAAAGCGUCAAUUAAAUAAGAAGAAUUCAAUUUGUUGAAAAUGGCUGGUGAUAAUUUUUAAAAUGCUUGUUAAUCCGAGUUGAAAAGUAGUUUGAAUAAUUUCAACCAACAAAACGAAAGUAAGUUAUAUUUGCUAUUAUUAGAGGAAAGUCUCCUUUAUUAGUAAGCAUCAAAAAGAUAGUAAAGAUCUACUGGAUUAAAUUAAACGUACUUUCAUACCAAAAGAAAUUAAUAAUCAAUAAGAGGAACUUGAACAUCAAUAAAAUAGCUUACCUUUUCUUACUACGAGUAAAAGAUAAUUCCGUAUUAUAAGUCCUUAAAUCUAAUAGA